AUGUCUCGCACUGUCUGGCGUGCCCGGAUUUACACCCGACAGACUGUUGUAAUUGUGACCUAUUUACUAUUAAAUCCUUGGAUAUAUUGUCAUUGCGUUACUCAAUCCACGGAACACAGUAAACAGUCUGAGGAGACGAUACUACAAGAUUUUGUACAGUACAUUCACAAUCGUGGAAUCUUUUGCUCGCCAACAUUCGCUUUCUCCACCGAUGCUGGAACCGGGGGGCAACCGGAACGAGUACCGUCCAGUUCGAUCCCGGCCCAGGCAAAUCCAGCUGCACCGGUCGAUUUGGCUGUCACAUUCCAUCCCGUGUUCCAUAAACUAUUUGUCCCGAAAAAUUUAACCCGCAAUUACGUUCUGGAUGUGAAAAAUGCGGUCCAAUUGUCCCAAGUGUUGCAUCGAUUCCAUCAAAACACUCAUGGUCUGAGUGAGACACAAGCGAACGAUUUGCUCCGCUCGUUCCUAAACGAGGCCGGCUCGAUACUCAGAUGGGAACAGAAUGCUUGGUCAUCUGACAGUGUUCAGUCCACCGUUUUCCCUAAUCAGACACUCUCCCUGUCCUUAUUGGGUAUUGGCAUGUGUAGUCAGGGUCGAUUGUUGGGCUAUGUGGCCAGUUCGGCCACGGUAACACACCCGGCCUCAGUACGCUCUAAGAUUUGUGCCGAAUCUGGGAAUCUGGAAGUUCCACAACACAAUCGAUUCACAUUCUCAACCAGAAAACAGGAACGGUUUACCGUGUUCUGGCUGGCGAAUCAGUGUGAAUCGGUUCCCGGACAGUUAUCCGUAAUCAGGCUGUCCGUACACCCACCUGACUCGUCCCAGAAAAUACAGUAA